AUGCUGGUCUACGUAACCGAACUGAUGGAUGAGGAAAGGCGUAGACGAAUGAUAGAUAUCGGAAUUCAGACAGGCGUUCUGGCCAGGGUGCAACACAUAUACGAGACCGUCGACACGGACCUUCCUCCCGAGGUUGAGGUUGCACGGCCAGCUAUUCGUCUCAGCGAAGCGGAAAACGUCGACGACAGCUCCUCUCUUGAAAGCUCCAAAGCACCCUCACCACGCCCAUCGUCAAGCGUUUCGGUACCUCACUCACCAGUGGACCGACUCACUACGUCUCCACAACUACUGAGAACCAAACCCCCGACCCUCAGAAAGUUCCAAGCGCCUGCAGAAGUGCAGAACAGGGUAUCAGACCUGCGCUCGAGAUUUGAAAGAGGGAAGCCUGAUCUACGGGGAAGUCAAAGGCGGACUCGGUCGUCAUCCGCCGAGAGAUAG